AGAAGCUGUAUCUUAAGGAGAGGAAAGGGCUGGGAAGUCUUGGAGUUGAGGACCUGCUCCAUUCUCAGAUGCCAUGUGAUUUCCUGAAGAUGUUUGAGCCCUUGGAUUCACUGCAACUAUUGAAGAAUUCUGCAUAUCGUUGGAUCUUUGCACUAAGCUUAAGGAGACAGCUGCCUGGAUCAUUCCAGAAGGCUGAGCCUUCCAUUGGGCUUACUGGAUCAUUCCAGUUGGCUGGGACCUCCCUUGGGCUGUUUCCUUCUGUGUUGCUUGGUCACGUUGUCUUCUAUGGCCUAUUCUUGGGCCUCUACUAG